AUGCCUUGCAGCGAGAGUCAUGGAGCUCAGUCUGCUCAGCUCUGCAGAGUGUGUCGAGACUUCGCUGUUCUGGAAGAUCAUACCUUGGCCCAUAACUUACAGGAGCAAGAGAUUGAGCAUCACUUGGCAACAAAUGUUCAGCGUAAUCGUCUGGUGCAACAUGACUUGCAGGUGGCCAAGCAACUGCAAGAAGAGGAGGAUCUGAAAGCACGUGCUCAAAUCCAGAAACACCGAAAAGACUUAGAACGACAGGACUGCGAGAUCGCUCAGGAAAUCCAAGUGAAGCUGGUAUUUGAAGCGGAGCAGCGCCGCAGGCAAGAGGAAAAAGACGAGGACAUUGCCCGCCUCCUACAACAGAAAGAACUGCAGGAAGAAAAAAGGCGCAAGAAGCACUACCCAGAAUCCCAGGGACACGCAGUCUAUGAAGAUAGCUAUUAUGCAGAAAAUGGAGGCACUAAGUUGAGGGGGACGAAGCAAGCCGUGUAUGAUACACCCCGAAGGGAACAGGAGUUGUCUGAUGCAGAGAUUGCUAGGAAGCUGCAGGAGGAAGAGCUCCUGGCUAACGAGGCAGAUCAGAAGGCAGCUCAAGUAGCCCAAGAUGAGGAAAUUGCCCGACUCUUGAUGGCCGAAGAGAAAAAGGCUUUCAGGAAAGGGAAGGAGAGAGAAAAGUCUUCCUUUGAAAAGAGGAGGCAUGAUCAAGACUGGAAGCAUGAUGCAAGCGAGUCCAUGCGCUCAAGGUCAAAAGAAGGGCCUGAAACUCAGCGACACAAAGGCGACAGGUCUUCAAGGUCACAGCCUCUCCUAGAUGACUUUGAACACGCUCGGUAUUACACAAGCCAGCCCAGCCCCUUGCGCCAGAUCCCUAAACCUGAGCACUCUCCUAAAGGUUCCCGUAGGAAGCAGUAA